CACUGACUCUACUGUCUUACCCAAUUGAAAAAGACCCAGGGACUUUAAUACCUCUCCAGUCUCCGUAGAAAACACUAGUUGGGAACACGAUUCCACUUUGUUCUGAAAGUGAAACAUCUUAACCACACCAACGCUUAAUUGAAAGGUGUUUUGCCGUUAUCGCCACACAGUCACACUGUGAAAUAAGGUAAACAAUUUUAUUCGCAACUCAGAAAUCGGGUGAUAAUAUCAGUUUGAACUAGUCUGGAGUACUUGGCGGGCAGUGAUAAGUCACAUCAGCCAAGGCCCGCCCCUAAGGGCAACAAUGGAAGAACGCAAGCUGCUCCGCGCGGUGAAAUCAACUAAUCCACUGGUCUACCUGGACAUUUCCAUUGGCAAGGAGGAUGCGGGUCGAAUGAUAAUUGAACUGCGCAAGGAUGUUGUGCCGAAGACAGCGGAAAAUUUCCGUGCCCUGUGCACGGGCGAAUGUGGUAUCGGUACUCUGGGCAAACCGCUCCACUACAAGGGCACAAAGUUCCACAAGAUCAAGCGAGUCUUCGUCGUCCAGAGUGGGGAUGUGGUGAAGAACGAUGGAAGCAGCGGCGAGAGCAUCUACGGACCAGUUUUCGAUGACGAGAACUUCGAACUCUCACACAACGAAGAGGGCGUGGUCAGCAUGGCCAACUACGGCAAGCCAAACUCCAACAACUCGCAGUUUUUCAUUUCCGCCGCGGGCUGUGAAAAUCUGAAUGGAACAAACGUAGUCGUAGGUCGUGUUUUACGCGGCCUGGGUAUCGUAGCUGAAAUGGAACAAAACUGCACUGACGAGGGCGAUCCCACGGCGCCGAUCGUGAUACGGGACUGCGGAGAGAUAGCUCACAACGAGGACUGGGGCAUCGAGUGCAACGACGAGACGACGGACAAGUUGCCUGCCUAUCCCCAAGACUGGCCGCGCAAGCUCGACAAGUUCACAGGAGAUGGGGCGGUGGAACUUCUCACGGGCAUUCGCCAAUCGGGCAAUCACUUCUAUCAGCUUGGACGCUAUCACGAAGCACGGGCAAAAUAUCGCAAGGCGAAUCGAUACUAUCAUUACCUGAGCAGACAGUUCGGUUGGCAGCAGCUGAAUCCUCUCAAAAAACACCUUGUAGAUGAGGAUCUGCUCAAGGUCGACGGCUUCUCCGUGGUAAACAACAUUAAUGCAGCCGCUGUGGACCUAAAAGUUGGCAACUAUACGAGCGCUAGAGAAGUUUGCAACGAAGCCAUUCGUCUAGAUCCGAAAUGUAGCAAGGCUUUCUAUCGACGCGCCCAGGCGCAGCGCGGAUUGCGCAACUACGAGGAGGCCAUAAACGAUCUGAAAACGGCUCACAAUCUCCUGCCGGAGAAUAAACAGAUCCUAAAUGAACUGAACAGCACCAAGCAGCUCCUGGCCCAGUACAACCGACAACAACGAAAUGCCCUUAAAAAUCUUUUUGCCUAGCUGGCAGCCAGUCACCAUUUUCAUGGCUUUUUUAAAUGUAAAUACUUAUUAAUAAAUAAAUGUUGGAUUUACCAAGUCAGUGGUUUACCACAAGAAGGU